AACAUUACAAUCUCAGUGGAUUAGUUGUGUGCUGACAGUUCAAACUCGUGCAAUGUUAUUAUUGUUAAUAUUAACACUGAUGGAUACAGCGUUAUGCGACAGCAAUGAUGGCGGCAAAGCUCCAAGAAUUCUCCUAAAUGAUGGCAACACCAUGCCUGUUUUCGGUCUCGGGACAUUUUUAGGUUUUGAUGAGAACGGCCAAAAACAAGUUAAAGACAGCGAAGUGGAACUUCCAGUGAUGUGGGCUCUUAACUCUGGAUACAGAUUAAUUGACACAGCAUCUUUAUAUUACAAUGAGGAGCAAGUCGGUCGUGGUAUACAGAAAUCAACUGUGCCAAGAGAAAAUGUCUUUAUUGUAACAAAGCUUGGAUUAAACGAGCAGCGUCAUGUAUUAGAUGCGUUGCGAGCGUCAUUAGCCCGCCUCAACACUUCCUACGUCGAUCUCUAUCUAAUUCAUAAUCCAGUAGCACUAAAGGCCGACCACAGUGGUUUUGAUGUGGUGGACUACGUGGACACGUGGCGCAGCAUGGAGGAAGCCAAGUCGCUGGGCCUCGCUAAGUCCAUCGGCAUCUCCAAUUUCAAUAUCAGCCAGAUCGACCGACUGCUCGAGAACUGUCAAAUUAAACCCGCCGUCUUACAAGUUGAGGUAAAUUUGAAUUUAGCACAGAAUAAACUAAUAGAACACGUUAAAAAGGAAAACAUAGCUGUUAUGGCUUACACACCUUUUGGGGGUCUGUUCAGCAAGAACCCGGGACCACCGCCGCCGCGCAAAGACCACCCGGCUCUGGUCAAACUGGCCAAUAAGUAUAAGAAGACUACGCCUCAAAUUGUAUUACGUUAUCUAGUCCAAAGAGGCGUAAUACCAAUACCGAAAACCGUUCACAAGGAACGCGUAGAGGAAAACAUCGAUAUAUUCGAUUUUGAACUAACUCCCGAAGAGAUGAAGUUAUUAGCGGAAUUCAACAAAGACUAUAGAACAGUGUGGCCGAGCUUUUGGCAGGACCAUCCUUACUACCCAUUCGAAAAGAAAGACGUACCUGACGCCGACAUAUUUAAAGCUGGAUUGAAAGAAUAAAAAACAAUCUAUAAUAUUCUCCGACGAAAAGUGUUGACUUUAAAGAACCCAUUAUAAAUAUGUCUUACACAAAUAAAACUAUAAAUAAGUGUAAUUUUUCAUAGAUCUUGCUAAUAUUAUAAAUGAGAAUGUUUAGAUGUAUGGAUGGAUGUUUGAAGGUAUCUCUAGAACGGCUGAACAGAUCACGAUGAUAUUUGGCAUAUACAUAGAACAUAUUCUGGUUGAACACAAAGGUUACUAAUUAUGUUUUUUAAUUCCGCGCGGACGGAGUCGCGGGCGACAACUAGUAUUUUUAUAAACCUAUGUAGACGAUGUUUGAAAUGUGCUUAUACAAGUAAACUCUUCAAUAAUAAUUA